GGCCAGCACGGCCGAAACGUCUAUGGCGACCGAUGCAUGCACGGCAAGCCGCAGGUCAAAGCAGCCAAGCGAGCUGCACGCUGGCGCUCAAGGAAGAAGUACGGAUCUUACGGUGCGAGGCAGGUGCCCAGGAGGUAUCCGCUCUAUGAUAUCCUGGAGGAGCUCUAUGACAAGGUUCCCACCUACACCAUCGUUAGCGAGCCAGAUGUGCCGAUGGAGCCCAAGAUGAAAGUGCCUUUGACGGAGCGCUACCCUUGGGCUGGCGACCUCUCGAAGGUUCAUCCACUCAAGCAGGAGAAGGAGCACGGUGAGAAUGAAGACAGGAUGGAGCCCUUGUGGGCUGCUUGGAAUGGCGCUGGGCACCCACCACAAGGUCGCGAGCAAAUGUACGAAAAGAGAAUGGGCUGGCCCACCUACAACCAUCCGCCAUGGAUCAACAAGCCCAUGAUUGGCCAAGACAUCAAGGUUAGCAGCAGCCAGAAGUGGAGCAAGCACCGCGAUCCUAAAUCGUGGCAGUACAACACCCCUCAGCGGAGGUGGCUGAAGUGGGUCAAGAAAUCGAAGAUUAUCGAAGAACGUAUCUACAAGGAGGUCGGCUACGAGCACGAGGUAAAGUGAGGUGCCUGCGAGCGACAAGCAGAGAAGC